UUGCACGACACCCGCUACACCUCCGACCUUUCCGUCGUGUCUGCGCAAUUGAACCUAUCUUCGUCGCCUAGCAACGUCGCACGUCACCAAACCGAGAUUCCCUUCCCCCCAAAACCACAACCCUUUGCGCAAUCGCCAUGCAUCGCACAUACUCUAUGCGCGCUACGCGCGCCCCAACUGCCUCCCAGAUCCAGAACCCGCCGCCGCCACCAUCUACUACAAAGUCUGGCCGCCUCUUUGGCCGGGGAGGAUUGGGACAUGCCCUCCGCCGAAACGCUGCCGGUGCCUUUGGGCCCGACCUCGCCAAAAAGCUGACGCAACUCGUCAAGAUGGAGAAGAACGUUAUGCGGAGUCUGGAACUAGUGGCCAAGGAACGGAUGGAGGUUGCCCAUCAACUCUCAAUCUGGGGCGAGUCCGGCGACGAGGAUGUUUCGGACGUUACAGAUAAGUUGGGCGUAUUGCUAUAUGAAAUCGGCGAGCUCGAAGACCAAUAUGUCGACCGAUACGACCAAUACCGCGUCACCAUGAAGAGCAUCCGGAAUAUUGAGGCGUCGGUACAGCCUAGCAGAGAUAGGAAACAAAAGAUCACGGACCAAAUCGCCCAAUUGAAAUACAAGGAACCCAACUCCCCGAAGAUCGUCGUCCUCGAGCAAGAACUUGUCCGGGCGGAAGCCGAGUCCCUGGUCGCCGAGGCACAGUUAUCCAACAUCACGCGCGAGAAGGUUAAGGCGGCAUACUCGUACCAAUUCGACGCCCUGCGCGAGCACUGCGAGAAGGUAGCCAUCAUCGCGGGGUACGGGAAGCACCUCCUGGAACUGAUCGACGACACCCCCGUGACGCCCGGCGAGACACGGCCAGCAUACGACGGCUACGAGGCCAGCAAGGCCAUCAUCCAGGACUGCGAGGAUUCGCUCACCAACUGGGUCACGCAGAACGCGGCCGUCUCGUCCAAGCUCUCGACCAGGGCGCGCACGCUAUCGCAGCGCCGCCGCAACAACAUCAAGGCACGCACCGAGGGGCAGCUGCAGGGCCACGGCCACGACCUGUCCGCGCAGGACGCCCCGCUCAACGACCGGGACUCGUGGGUGCCCGCGGGCCAGCACGAGUAUGUGGAGGACGAGGAGGAGGACGGCGAGGAGGACGACCUGGACGCGCCGAGCCAUUCCGCCGUGGACACGGAGGCGAGCUUGAACGGCGAGCAUCGCGGGCGGAAUCAUGACCCGGUCAUGGCUUAGCAUGCACAAUGACUGGCGUUGGUCGGCCAACGUUACUAGGGGGGUAUUUCACUAGGAUUGGAUCUUUCGGCUGGGACAUGGCGACCGAGUGGCGGCUUGACGGUGGAGUUGGGAGAAAAGCCAGGGGACGGGACAAUUCAUUUCUAAGUUGGCAGGCUGGAUUUAUUGCGGGAGACAAGCCCUUCCAUAAGGACCGUUUACGCGUAAUAGGU